AAACUCGUGAAUCAUGCAAUACAUCAGCAUAGCUAUUCUUGCUAUCAUCGUUUCUCGCGCGGACACUCAAAAUUAGAUUUUAUUUCUCAUCGAUGAUACCUUUGCAGCGCCUGCUCGCACAUCACGCCGUCUACCCAAUAUCAAUUGUGGAACAGGAUGAGUACCUCAGAUGUCCAAAGCUCUGAGACCGAAAGACUCCCCCUUCUGCAUGAAACACAGCAGAAGAAGCAAAAGACUCCCCUCCCAAAACUGCAGGUCAGCAUCUUGAUGCUUGUCCAAUUGGCGGAACCCAUUGCCUCCAUGUCAAUAUACCCGUACAUCAACCAGCUGAUUCGAGAACUAGACAUCACCGGUGGUAAUGACGCAGCGGUCGGUUAUUACGCUGGAAUUAUAGAGUCGCUUUUCUUCAUCUCAGAAUCACUGACGGUUCUGAAGUGGAGCCGUCUUUCUGAUCGCAUUGGACGUAAACCUGUCAUUAUGAUCGGGUUGUCUGGAGCUGGCUUAUCAAUGCUUUGCUUCGGUCUUUCGACCUCCUUCUGGACUCUUGUCGCAAGCCGUUGUAUCUGUGGAAUGCUAAGUGGAAAUAGCGGGGUCAUGAGAAGCAUGAUGGGUGAAAUUACGGAUUCCACUAACAUGGCACAAGGAUUUGCCCUCAUACCUAUCACAUGGUGCAUAGGGGGCUUUUUCGGCUUCAUGAUGGGGGGAACUCUAGCGCGACCUCAAGACCGUUGGCCCAAUCUCUUUGCUGGACAAUUCUGGGCGAAAUAUCCAUAUUUCUUGCCUUGCGCUAUCGCCGCAUCAAUUAUUUUUGUGUCGUUCAUGCUCGUAUUUCUCCUGGAAGAGACAUUAGCGACCAAGCGCAAGCGCAAUAUAUCUAGCGAUACCGUAGACCGUCAACUUUUGGAAGGAACCAGGAAUAAUGAAUCUCCCUCGGAGAGUAUGGCCAACGUCCCUCUACGUUCGCUGCUCAUUCCCACCAUCAUAAUCCCCCUCGCGAACCAAGCCUUGCUUGCGUUUCUCGACAUCUGUAUCUUCGCCCUCAUACCCUUAUUUUAUUCCACCCCCAACUACCUCGGCGGACUAGGAUUCGGACCCCCUGCGAUCGGCUCAUGGAUGGCGCUGUUCGGUGUGAUGGACGGAUUGUUCCAGGCGCUGUUCUUCGCCAAGGUCGUCGACAAGCUGGGUCCCAAACGCACCUUCUACAUCAGUACAUCGUGUUUUAUACCCAUCAUGAUCAUGUUUCCAGUCAUGUCAUGGCUCGUCUUCUCCCGUGGCGUUGAUUACACGGUCACGAUCGCACUGCUGUGCCAGCUUGUCUUGAUAGUUGCGUGGGAUUUGUCUCUAGCCAGCAUAUUUAUGUUUGUCACCGCAUCAGCACCUGCGAAAAACCUUCUAGGCGCAGUCAAUGGCAUGGGGCAGAUGACAACUUCGAUCGCACAUGCAGUCGGUCCCGUGUUCGCCGCAUCCAUUUUCGCAUUCUCGAAGGAUCACAAUAUAUUGGGCGGUCACGCGGUAUACGUUGUUCUGUGCUUACCUGCGGUUGGAAUGAUGUGGUUGGCGUCUCACCUACCCGAGGAGUUGCAGAAUAGAGAUGAGGAUGAGUGAAGCUCUUUCUCUUACUGGGUCCUCAUACCGG